UUCGCCGACCGGUGAUCGACAGUGUAACACGUGUGCACGUCUCCCCAACAUUUUUAUCCACCGUUUAAGAUGGGUUUCGGUGAUCUGAAGAGUGCUGCUGGCCUCAAGGUCCUUAAUGAGUUCCUGGCCGACAGAAGUUACAUACAAGGGUUCACCCCCUCCCAGGCUGAUGUAGCCGUGUUCUCCGCCCUGUCUGGACCACCGUCAGCUGACCUGUGCCACGCCCUGCGCUGGUACAACCACAUCAAGUCAUUUGGCAAGGCCACAGCCAGUUUUCCUGGACAAAAGAAGGAUGUCAGUGCCUAUGGCCCAGCUGGCGGUGCCUCAGCUGCUGAUGACGAUGAUGAUGAUGACGAUGAUAUUGACCUGUUUGGGUCUGAUGAGGAAGAUGACGCUGCUGCUGCUGAAUUGAAAGAGAAAAGAUUAGCUGAAUACGCUGCUAAGAAGGCUGCAAAGCCAGGCCCGAUUGCCAAGAGUUCAAUCGUUUUGGACAUUAAACCCUGGGACGAUGAAACAGAUCUUGGUGAAAUGGAGAAGCUAGUCCGUGGCAUUGAGACUGAUGGUCUAGUGUGGGGAGCUUCCAAACAAGUCCCAGUGGGCUAUGGUAUCAAAAAGCUGCAGAUCAUGUGUGUUGUAGAAGAUGCCAAGGUUGGCACAGAUUUUCUGGAGGAAAGUAUUACAGCAUUUGAAGAUUUCGUCCAAUCUGUAGACGUUGUAGCUUUCAAUAAGAUCUAAGCAUGGUUGUUAUUGUGACCUAAACAAUAUUGCCAAUGAACUGUGUGGACCACAACUUUAUAUAUAGACCUUCUGCAAUUUUUAAAUGAAGAAGAUUUUUGUAUAUUGUCGAGUGACUUACACAAAUUAAAAUUCUUGUUUUUGGCACAAAUUCAUGCUACUUGACUCUCAAUAAAUAUUCGUCAGAACUUUUA